CACGAUGAACAUGAAUAAAUCGGUAGGCUAUCGCUGAACGCUUGCCGAGAGAACUGGAGAGGCGGUCACUGUCUAUCCGGCUGUUGGAAUACUCCACAUGCUGAAAAUACUUUGUCGAAGUAAUCAAUGGAUGAAAUACCUUCGAUUUCAUUGGGAAGAUUACUAUUUGACAGCAAAGCAUAGCCUAAAACUUUCACGUAACGCUGCUUUCGACCAGUUCUGUUCGCGUCGAUUCAUAGUUCUUGGAGACCAUCCUAACUUCGAAAGGUGCGCAGACCGGGACGGAAAAACACUGCCCUGCACGGGUCUCACCUGUGCACAUGUACCCCUUUUGAGGAAGUUACACUGCUGUCUUCUCUGGUAAAUAAAUGAUUUGCACAUAAUAAUAACACAGGGUACAGAGACACAUUUGAAAGAAUGAAGAGUCCUUGGGAGAAGAAUGCUCGGUCGAAGUGUUGGUCUUAGACCGGUUGAUCAGAUGCGCCGAUGGGAGGGAAUGAUACUCACCCUACGCUGCUGCUGGGCUAUAGCCACCGCGGCCACCUCCGUUGAUGCCGCUGACCCUUUGAGCUGGCUCCUGUCGGAUAAAGGACCGUUUCACCACGCACCGGAGUUCACGGAGUUCACGGAACGAUACGAACACGGCUUUACAACGAGAUACAAGAUUUACAGAGAGUUUGGCAGAUGGAGGGUCAACAGCUUGGCCUUGGAGAGGCGGGAGAGCAAUGGAGUGGCUGCGCCUCUUGACCCCGAGUUUAUCCAUAGCAUCAGGGUGUUGGGGCGGAGGCCCACCUUACAGAAGAUAACAGACAACAUCAUCAAGAAGUAUGGAACGCAUUUCCUGCUCUCAGCCACUUUGGGAGGAGAGGAGUCCUUGACCAUUUUCGUGGACCAGAGGAAGUUGAGUCGAGGCCCGGAGGUUGGGAUCGAUCUGAACAGCACCACGGCGCUGACCCUGGAAGCCCUCCACCAGCUGGCCGCCUCGUACUUCAUCGACAGGGAAAGCACACUGCGCAAGCUUCACCACCUUCAGAUCGCCUCCUCUGCCAUCAAGGUGACUGAAACAAGGACGGGCCCCCUUGGAUGCAGUAACUAUGACAACCUUGACUCUGUCAGCUCUGUACUGGUACACAGCCCUGAAAACAAAGUUCAUUUGCAAGGACUCCAGGUUAUUCUGCCUGCCUACUUAAGAAACAGUUUCAUCCAGGCUGCCCUAGGCUACAUCGGCUGCAAUGCAGAGGGCCAGUUUGUCUGCCGACAGAACGACUGCUGGUGCCAGUGUCACCCUGGCUUCCCACAGUGCAACUGCCCCCAGCAAGAGUUGCACUCCCUGGAGGCCAACUUACAGCGUGUGAAAGAGGCCUGGAGGGUGGCGAACCAAGAGUUUGAGGAGUCAGACGAGUUCCAGACCUUUGUGGGUCAGCUUCCGACACAUUACGCCCUGAACUCAUCAGCCAUCCUGCACUUAUGGAGGAAUGACGCCGGUCUGCAGCAGCGGUAUCGGCAGCUGGAGACGAGCGCCAGUCAGCUCCUUGCCAAGGCCCGGAGAACCACUAACAAGCUCUUCAACCUUAGCAAGAGAUGCCACACUCAGCCCAAAAUAGUCCUGCAGAGGGAGAGGCCCUUCACAUACUGGCUGAACUACAUCCUCUCAAUCCUGUACUGCAGUGAGAACAAUCUUAUUGGACAGUACUCGGAGGACACCCACAGUUGCACCUGUCCAUACGAGCACCGCUCCUGCCAGGGCCUUAUCCCGUGUGUCGUGGGCGAAGGGGCUCGCUGUGUUUCAUGCUCCGCGGAGAACCGCACCCGCUGUGCCAGCUGCAACCCUGGGUACACCCUUGGCCAUGGCACGUGCCGGCACGCGGUGCCCGACUCCACGGACCACUACCUGGGCUUCGAGACGGACCUUCGGGACGGGGAGCUGCGGUACCUGCUGCAGCGGCGGGACGGGCGCAUCUCUCUGCACGGCAUCUUUGUCAGCAAUGACGUGCGCCUCAACGCCUGGUUCGAUCCGUCGUGGAGGAAGAGGAUGCUGCUCACGCUCAAGAGCAACAAAUUCAAGUCCAACCGCAUCCACAUGCUGCUGGGCCUCUCGCUCCAGAUAUGCCACACCAAGAACAGCACCCUGGAGCCUGUGCUGUCCGUCUACGUCAACCCGUUUGGGGGCAGCCACUCGGAGAGCUGGACCAUGCCCAUCAACCAGCACGGCUAUCCCAACUGGGAGAAGACUAAACUUGAUAUUCCUCUCUACUGCUACAACUGGACUCUGACUCUAGGCAACAGGUGGAAGAGUUUCUUUGAGACGGUGCACUUCUACCUGAGGAGCAAAAUCCGUGCUGACUCAGCUCAGGGGAACACCUCGGUGUACCUGGAGCCACUGGAGGUCACUGACCCCUCCCAGAACCUGGGCUACAUGAAAAUCAACAGCAUGCAGCUGUUCGGCUACAGCAUGCACUUUGACCCCGAGGCGAUCCAAGACCUGAUUCUCCAGCUGGACUACCCGUACACGCAGGGGUCGCGGGACACUGCACUGCUGCAGCUUGUGGAGAUCAGGCACCGGGUCAACAAGCUGUCCCCGCCUGGACCUCAGCCCCUGGACCUGUUCUCAUGCCUGCUCCGUCACCGCUUAAAACUAUCCAGCUCAGAGGUGGUGCGGAUACUCACAGCGCUACAGACUUUCAGUGGCAAACAACCAUAUUCUACGGAGUAUGAACCCACCAAGCUAUGUAGUUAGUAGGCCGGUACAGCAUAUUUUUUUGCCAGUGCUCCAGUUUUUCUUUUGGAAACACUUCCUGUGAAUGCCCUCUUCAUAAUACAUUGUAUGUUUAUCUAUGUGCAUCAUAUGUGUUGCACAAGGAAUGCAUAAGGUGUUUGCAUAAGGUGUAUUACAGCGUUUCAUCAUUUAUCAUGAGGUUUUGUAGAUUGUAGGCCUAUAAACUACAUAAUGUGCUAAAACAAGAUGGUUCAUCAUUUAUAGUAAGUGCAUUGGUGUUUUUAGAAAAGUUUUUUUGGUCACUAAAUUGAGUAAAACUUUAUACCCUGCACAGUUUUUAGGUCAAGUGAUAUGAUUUAUCACUCUGAGGAUGAUAUUAGAGUAUUCAUUAUUUUUCCACUCCAUUGCAUAUGUUGUAGAAAGGCAUGACUACGUAUAUAUUUACAAGAAUUACGCUAAAAGCAAAACACUCCUAAUGUGCUCCUUCACAUUUGGCGGUUAAUGAUUUAUGAGCACCCAAAUGGCUCUGGUGUAUUGCAGCUAUUCUGGUCAAAUGGAGGGGCAAUUUGACAUCACCUCUCAAAGCGUUGAUGGUCGUGGUUCUUUGAAAUAUUUGUUUUGCUGGAAACAGUGUUUGCCAUUUUCUUCCACAGCUUUUGACUAUGAAGGAGAACAUUUUUAUAAAUCAUUUUGAUUUCCACCAUCUCCACUAUCAAAGAAAAAUCUCAAGUGUGACUGCCCUGCUUAAUCAAAGGAUAAAUAAAUAUGAUAGAAAUAAAUCAAUUUUAUUUGGUUGUUACAAAUUAACCUUUUCAAAUGUUUUAAAGGGGCCAUGUGUAGAACUCUUAGUUUAAAAUGUAGAAAAAGGACCUAGAAAUAACAAUAUGUGAAGAAACAACUGUUUGGAUCUAAUGUCAAAAGUGCCCAUGAUCUGUGUUGCUCUGAAGUAUGCUAACCAGCUUCAGACUGUACACUCUGGUCAUAUAUCACUUUUAGGAGGCACUGUAGCCUAUCAAAGAUGCUAGUCGAUAGAAGAGUUAAGUUGUGGAUGUACUAGGGCGUUCAAGACUCAUAUAGCUCCUUUACAAGCAGAAUCAAAACCAUUCCUUUACACUAUUGAAUUACAAUACCAGUAGAGCAGAAGUGGGGAUAAGCAGAGGAUUGGCUUAUCAUUGGCUCUGGUUUGCUAUAAGUAUGUCAUGGUGGAGUUAGCAGAUUAGUUUGAUUUGAAUUUCUCUCAAAUUGAAGUCCGAUCAUAACACUCAUCAUCAUUUUAUUUCAAUAGACAUAAUAUCAAUCAUUGUGACACAGUUCAAUCAGUGAUGUGUAUUCACUGCCUAAGAUCUAAAGUACAAAAUGAUAACACAUUAUGAUUAGGCUACUUAUUUCUGGACAUCUAAUUAAGUUAGCUUUACUAAGUAUCUUAUUAUGAAGUUAAUUUAUGUGCAUUAUUAUGUGUUCUUCAGAUUAAUACUCCAGUACACUCACAAUUUAUAUGUCAUUAUGAAUGAACAAUUAUCAAUUGUUUAUAAUAAUUGAUCAUAUAAUUGUGUCAGUAUGAUAAUUGCACACCUUUGUUAAAUGCACAUGUAUUGUAUUACACAUGUUCUAAAUGUGUAUGUGCAUCACAUGCUUCAUAUAGAGAGUGUACAGACACAUAAUUAAAUGUGUAUGUUAUUGUUAUGAAUACAUGUUUUGUUCUUAUAUCAUGAGUCAUUAUAUUUAACAAUAAUGAUUAAGUAUUAUAGUUUGUAGGCCUACACUUUUAAUACCUCAGUUGCUAGACUAUCAUGGACAUUAUAAUACAUUAUGAAGAACAUAUGAUACAGUAGACAGGUCUUAAUAAUGCAUCAUGAAGAGGAUUUUCAGAGGAAGUGUUCUCUUUUUUCUAUUCAAUCAGAAAUGUACUUGAGACAUCUUUUACAGAAUAAUUAAUUGUUGUUGGUGUUUGAUAUUAAUUGCCGUACUGUUAAUGCCGUUUAUAUUUGUUAUUUGUUGUGAUGAUAUGGCAUAAUGAUGCCGCAGCUGAACGAAAUAAAGAG